AUAGGGAGUGCAGUAAGAUCAUAAGUAAUUUCCAGUAAAUGACAGAGUAGUGUUUAAUCCUGAAACAGCUGGUUUAUUUGGGAACUGUUUACUGACUUACAGAUGAACUUCACGGGUUAAAUGUUUUGCUGAAAUAACUGAACCUGGCUCCAAAAGACCUGUUUGUCAGUUCACACAUAUCUGAAAGUAGAUUUUUUUGUGAAAUGACAAGGUUCUGCAAAAGCUUCUUUUACCUCUCACUUUGGUUCUGAACUAUUCUUGAAUCUCUCACUUCACGGUACCUUUCACUGAAGUUUUCUUUAGCAUCUUUUGCCAAGAGUUUACAGACUGGAAUUCGUGAGUGACUGCGUAUACUUUCUGGUUUGAUUCUGUUCACAGUUGAAUAGUAUCUUCCAAAAACUGUAGGUGAAUACUGUAUCGGAGGGGUUAGAUUUUUGUUUUAACGAAUCUCAAAUAAUUAACACCUAGACUGGAGUAGAAGAACACCAUUGAAAAUGCUCAGUCUGAUACUCAAAAUUUAAGAAAUGCUAGCAUUACCAUUUCUUUGCACAUGCCCACUCCCUCUAAGACGUUUUUUAUUUACAGUAUUCAGUCAGGCCAAGCUUCCCUCUCCAGUUGUAUUCCUCCCUAGUGGCUUGGUCUCCUUCCUCUUCAGUCCUAGUUGUGGGUUUCUUCUGGUCUAAGCUUUCUGAUCCCUUCAGUUGAUUCUGUCUUUGUCCUCUAUAUGAAUUAUAUGGCACUUUCUUUCCAAAAUUUCACUUUGAAGGUCUCCUUCAGCGCAAAGGAGAGAGUCUUCCUCUUCUCAGUUCUGGGUCAUAUGCUGAUGAGGAGAAAUUGCUAUAGAGAAAAUCUGGUUUUGCUUUUGAAACUCCAUGUGGGAAUUCAAUCAUGUGAAAAUACCGCACAACAAGUAGCUCUGGGAGUUGUGAGUGGCUUGAGAAUGCUUAGAGAGAAUGAAUUCAUUAGAGAUCUUCCCACUGAAAGUCAAAUGCAUUCACCAUCAAGCUUGUGCAAGGUUUGGGUUUUUGUGAGGCUUUAGGUUGGUCAGGUUUUGGCAGACUUUCAUGGCUUCUCAAAAGGCACAUUCCUGAUACAAGAGUUACCUUGUACUAGGGGAAUUCAAGAAUUCAGACUGAGGCAAAUGCCUGCUUUGACGAUGUUCUGCUCUAACUCUUCAAAGUUUGACUGGCUUGUAAGUAGCUGAAAAACAAGAUCUUUUAAGUGCCAGAUAAAGCUCAACACCAGACUUGUGGAGAAUAACUAUGCAGUCAAAAUCAAAUAAUGUAAAGCUCGAACAUGUUUCUUUGACUAUAACUUAAGUAUUCCAAGUAGACUUUCUACAAGGGGGCAAUUACUAUGCAGUAAAAAAGGUGUGAAUUUAAAGUGGCUGCUGCUUAUUAGCUCUCUGCGUGGACAUACUGCGUGUUUAGAAACUUGCUAGCUAAAGGCAAGUAUGUACUUAGUUUCUUGCCUUUUACCAGUCCUUUUAUGUAACUGAUGGCUUUAUAGAAGCCUUCUGGCACUUUCUGGUUAGGUAGGGGAAACCAUGAGCUUUACAGAGCUCCAGACAAAGACUUUGACGUGAGGUAAGACCGAGCUGAAGUCAAAGCUGGUGCUCAUGGAUUAAUUUGUAUCGGUGCAAAGGCUGAGGGUGGGGAGCGAGCCCCAAAACAAAUAAUGCUGUUGUGGGUCAUUUAGAUUUACUAAAUGUAUGAUUACUUCCGCAAAUGAGCAGCAGGGAAGACUUUUGCUUUAAAUUCAACCAGUGCUAGGGAGGUGUAAAAAAAGGGCAUGAAGGAUCUUCAAAAUGCCUCAGCCUUCACAUGGCAUUACCUCUCCAACCUGUAUUACCCACCACUUUCUUUACAGCUGUAACGAUGAAGUGGCGGUCCUGUCUGGACCAUGGAUGAUUCACCCUCGAGCAUCUCCACUUCCAGCAAGAGAACAGAAACACCUUGUGAGAAUGUCCAUCUACUGAAACUACGGUUACUGAAAUGACUUGGGAUUUCCCCUGUGUGUUGGGAUUUCAUUAUGAUCCCAGAUCAUGAUAACCAGGUUUUUUUCCUGCUGGAAACUCUUGUUUUAAGCCAUUGCUGCCUUUCAAUAAGUGUGCAACAAGAGCUUCAUACCAUCUUCCUUGUUGAUCACAGUGGACAAACAUACCAAGCUGGAAUGGCUCUGGACUGAAGGAACAGACACGGAGAAAGACUGGACUGGACACUGGGAGGAUCUCAGACUCCAAGAGGAGCAACCUGGCUGUCUAACCUGCGAUGCUGAGAGCUAAGGAGAUUUAACGCCACUGCAGAUGGCUGCCUGCAGCCUGGCACUAGGACUGUGGCUCCUGCUUCUUCUCCAGGAUAUCCAGACAGCCCCGCAGACAUCAUUAAACCCAUCUCAUUCCUGUGAUACACUUGAGAAUUGGUUCUAUGAUGAAUCUUCACGAAGCUGCUGUUACCAGUGUCCCUCAGGCUAUGUUAAAAAGAAAGCUUGUCCUAGGGACCCAGAUAAAGACUGCUUGAGAUGUGGACCUGAACAAUAUGUGAAUGAAGCAUCCCAAAAGCCACAAUGUGACGCUUGUGUAUCAUGCACGAAAGAAUCUGACCUUGUGGAGAAAGAGCCCUGCUCCUUCAAUUCUAGCCGCGUGUGUGAGUGCCGCCCAGGCCUCUUCUGUCAAACCCCUGUUGAGAACACCUGCAUGCGAUGCCGGCAGCACGCUGUUUGCAAGCCUGGUUUUGGAGUCAAAGUCAGAGGCACCUCAACAACUGAUGUUACUUGUGAAAAGUGCCCUGCUGGGACCUUCUCUGAUCAAAACUCCAGCACUGACAUCUGCAAGCCCCACACAAACUGUGCCAAGUUAAACAAAGUAGCACUAACCAAAGGAAAUGCCACACACGAUCAGGUUUGUGUGGACAAAUUGCCCACCUACCUCACCCCAAGCACCUUGUCCAUGAGAUUCAGUGAUGAAACAAAUAACUCUGACCUAAGGAGGUUUGAGGAGAAACUGCUGACCAUUUCUAGUAUCCUUUUAAGCGCCGCCACAACUGAAAACCCCAGUUCAACUGCUGAGAAGAAAUCUCCGGCUGGCACUUUUCCUACCUCAGCCAAGGGGGAGAUGACAACGGGAGGUCUCGUUCUUUGGGGAGUGGUUCUCUCUGUGAUAGUGCUUCUUGUGGGCGUGCUGUUAUUUUGGAAAAGGAAGGUUUGCAAGAAGCGGAUCCUCAUCCUCAAAGGAAAGCCACAUCUGCACUCCGUCAUUUCACACAAACCCGGGCUCAAAUCUCAAGGUUCUGAUCUAGUGAACAAAUGUGCAAAAAUCAUCCUGACUACUGACAGUGAGCCAGAAGAGAAGGAGUUAAUUGAGAGAACGCUCCCAUUGGAAACCAACAAUAACUUGGUCUCCAGUACAGAAAAAUCAUAUAGUCCUGAUCUGAGUCUGACUGAUGUGACACAGAGCAAUGGAAAUGCCCCAGACUGCCCUACCGAUUCUCGAAUGAGAGACCACACAAAUAAUCGAAUUGAAAAAAUAUACAUCACGAACGUGGAUACUGUUAUUGUGGGGUACGUUCCAGAAGUGCUUAGUGGCAAGAAUUGUGCUGUUAGAGGAUGUGAAAGUAGCGUUGAUGCCCAGGAAAACAUGGAAGAGGAACUGGCAGUGCACUAUCCAGAGCAGGAAACAGAGUCUUUUCCAGGGAAUGAUGUGAUGGUUCCUGUGGAAGAGGAGGGAAAGGAAUUUCAUCACCCCACCACUGCCACUGAAAAGUGAUAACCCACUGAGAUGAUGUGUGACGCUACAGAAACACCAGUGCGACACUAAGCCUGAAUCUCUGACAAGGGAGGUAAACACAUAGUGCCUUAUAUUAGCUGAAAACUCGUGUAAAACACCGAAACACAUUCAGACAAGCAGUGCUAGAACCUAUCUCGUCUAACAAAUGAGAGGAUCAUCCAAACCAUUGGCCUUCAUAGCUGACCUCAAAUAUUUCUCUUUCCUUCUGUCUCCCAGUAUCGUGCUGGAAACAAAUUUGAAUCAAAGGUACAAAAUUCAGAGGACAUCUGGAUGCCAACUCAAGUUUCACAGCUUGCUUUCUCUGCAUGAAGGAGUGGAUUGAAAACUGUAUCUGAUUACUUCUAUUAGUUAUGAAACUUCUGGCCAGAACUCUGAGUUAAGCUCGAGACUCAGCCAUGUUUCAUAUGUUGUUUCUAUUCCAGUAUUACCAGUACUUCCAAUUUUGUCAUAUAUUUUGCAACAUCUGGUAGUUUUCUUAAGGCCUCAACUCUUGACUGAAAGUAAUGACAAUUUCAGUUUUCCCUAACACUCUUCAGUUUGUGGACUUCAUGUUUCUUGAGGAAAUAGGAUCAAAACAUGGCAAAUGGGCUCAGAAAACAGAAGGCAAAUAAAACUAAUUGAAGUCGACUGUACUUUAGGCCAUUCUUUCUAAGUUUUGAAGUCCGAGUCAUGUUUUUUGACUUCUUCAAAUCAUCAGUAAGCGUAAAAAAAAAAAAAUGGCCUCUUCUGAUGGAAGCCAAACUGGCUGAACAUUUGGAUAUUGGAUGAACUAUGGGUUUAGCCCAGUGUGGAGCCUGUAAAAGGGGAAAAAAAGAAGAUAAACUAGUUUUCUACAAAAAGGAAGGACUGAAAAACAAGCACAGCAGUUAUUUCCUAUAACAUUGUUAAUAUCUGCUUGUUUUAGAAUUGCUCAAAAUCAUCAGGGUGAUGCUGAUUUGCAUAUCUAUUCUUUUAAAAAAAUCUGUUUUGUGGUCAACUGGCCUGUGUUACGCUCUUUCUCAAUCUUUCAUGCUGCUUAUUUGAUAACUGUAAAUGUAAUAGUGCUGACUAUGUUUUUACACAGGACAAUGGAAAAUGAGCAAGAUGACAAAGUGUGCCUUAAUAGUCAAAAAAAGAAACCACAAAAGCAAUGACUUGCUUUGCAGCUUUACCCUGGACAGAGUACUGUAAUAACAGCCGCGCAGCUUCAGCGUCUUUUGCCUUAGAACACACAAAAGGAACGUAAGGGCAUAAACAACACCUUCUUGGGUCAAACUAGUAGGACAAGCCCAUCGUUUUAUCUCUGCCAGUUGCAGUAAGAGGUGUUACUUAGGAAGAGCACGUAAGCCUGGUUAAUAUCUGCUGUUUGCAUUCCUCAUACUUCUGCAGCAUCAGCUGUAAUUGGACGAAGGAUAUUAAAGAGUCUGUUCCAGCCCUUAGUAUUCAUUCUUAUUGCCAUUAAUUUUUCUUCUGUCUUGAAUUUCCUGGUACAAUCUGCCCCCAUAAGCACCCGUGGCAAGACAUUACAGAUAUUUACCCUUCAAUGGGCAAAGAAGUGCUUUUACCACUUUUAAACUGACCUCUUACUUAUUUCAGUGAGUGUCACUAGUUCUUGUAUGACAGAAUUUAGUGCAAUACUGAGUUGCUUUUAUGAUUCUUGCUUGUAUCCUCCUUAGCCUCUGAGCUGAGUUCCCAUCUUUUUAUAUUUCUCAUAUAAGUUAGAUGCUCUGCUGCCUUGGUCAUUUUAGUUGACCUCGUCCGCAUCUUCUGUAACUUCACUGCCUUCUUCUGAACAUCUGGAGGCCAGUACUGUGCACUGCAAGGGACGAAGAGGGGUGGGACAAGGUUUUAAAUAGUGGCAAAAUGAUACUUUCUGUUUUAUUCUCAGUACCUCUCUACAUGAUGCUCGCCAUCUUCUUUGCCUUUUUUUCUGGCUGUCCCUGCACACUAGGCAGAUGAUUUCAGAGAACCAUCAAGGAUGACUCCACGAUUGCUUUUCUGAGUGAGAGCUGCUAGAUGCGAAUCCAGCACCGUGCACCCCUGGCUUAGACUAUUUUUCCCUAAAUGUAUUGCCUUGUGUUUCUCUAUGUAGAAGCUCAUUUGCUGUCUUUUUAUGAGAUCCUUCUGGCUUUAUUUGCCUUCUCUAUAUCAUGUAACUACCUGGAGAAGUUUAGUAUUGUCUUCACUCUGCGGGCUCUCUUUUCUCCAGACCACUGAUGAAGUUCUUGAAUAGAAGUGGCCCCACCAGUCCCCACUGCUAACUGUUCUCUGUCCUGAAAAAUUACCAUUAUGCCAUGCUCUUUCCUUCCUGCCUUUUGAACAGCCAUAACUUUUGUAUCCUGUAACUUUUUAGGAAAUCCAUAAAAUGACCUUUCCUCCAAUCCUGUGACAACGUUGUUUUUCCACCACCUUAGGUGUGGAACCUCAUCAAAGGCUUUUUGAAAAUCUCCACGUGGUAGGCCCACUGUAUCCGUUAAGCCUCACAAUAUAAGGGAAGGUAUGUUAUCAAGAUUUUGUGAUUGAAGAAAUAAAUCCAGAGAAAUUCAUACUUUUCUGUAACCACAGCCCCAGCGAUGAAGUGGGAGCAUCUCAGCAUUAUGGGAGCUAGUCACUGACUUUCAUCAGAGGGAAAUCUACCCAUAGUACAUUUGAAAAGUGGUUGUAAUUUCAAGUGUUUUUAGUUCCAGUAUGUACUUCCUCUCUGCAAGUCCAGAACAUAAAAUAAUUUCUGAAAACAGCUGCUGACACUCUAUGUCUUAGAUCAUCUACUGAGUCUUGCAAGAGAGGCAAUUAGUGAAUCCUUUCUGUGUACUUCUAUGCUUGUACAUGUUUUGUUUCAUUCAGAAGAUAAGCUGCUCCUAAUGCUCGGAUCGAAAUGUCUUUUGGCUAUCGGUAUUGCCAUGCCAGCGGCAGUUACAUGAGGUGGAGAAGGAAACAGAAUUAACGUUUUUUAAGUGCUUAUUGUGCAACAGAAGGUCGAGUCAUGAAGUACUGACGUAAAACAGCAAUGCAAGGAAGAAUUAAAAACUGUGGAGGACAAGUACAGGUCCCCCUUUCCUCACUUCCAGUCAGGGUAGUUCCUUGUUUUCCAGUGCAUACACUUAAUUCUAGAAAAAUAUAAGAAUUUUAUUUCAUUUUAGAGCACACCGAUUUGUGUAUCCACAAACUGUGAAUAACCACGUUCACCUGGCUGUGACUGUUAAAGGGUGUUCUGUAAUGACAGCUAAUUGUGUAUUUCAGCUCUGUAUAUAAAUGAAUCUUUUUUACUGGAACAGCUUUCUAGAUGAAUCAUGCAUUGCAGCCUGAUAGAUCUAUUACAGUUGGUUAGUUUAAUAACGCUGGUAGUCUUUGAAUUAAAAAUGACAUGGAUUUUAAGCCAUAGCCACGUUUUUCCUGUCUGAUAUGUAAGUGUUUAAUUGUUGAUAAUUUCGGUACAUGUAUCAGUUGCAGAAGAAACAGUUUUGCAAGAGAGCUCUUCAAAACUUAGAAAGCUAUUAGUCGGCUGGAGUUUUUCGCAAGAGCAGAGCAGGUCUGAACUUACAUUAAGGUCUCUCUCUACCAUCCCGGCAGCGUGUGCGAGACAUGAGUGACCAUGGUGCAGUGGUACAGUGGGUAUUAAUGAAUGCUGCAAAAAGGUAAGUUCAUAUUUUGGCACUAAUGGAGCAGAAAUAUGACUAGAGAGACCCUUUACACAUAGAAUCAUAGAAUGAUUAGAGUUGGAAGGGACCUUGAAGACCAUCUAGUUCGAAUCCCCCUGCCCUGGGCAGGGACACCUCCCACUAGACCAGGUUGCUCAAAGCCCAGUCCAGCCUGGCCUUGAACACCUCCAGGGAUGGAGCUUUCCUAGGUAUUCCUAAUCUCUCAUCUCAAUCUCCCCUCUUGCAGUGUAAAACCCUUCCCCCUUGUCCCAUGGCUCCCCUCCCUGAUCCAGAGUCCCUCCCCAGCUUUCCUGGAGCCCCUUUAGGGACUGGCAGGGGCUGGAAGGUCUCCCCGGAGCCUUCUCUUCUCCAGGCUGAACCCCCCCAGCUCUCUCAGCCUGUCCCCACAGCAGAGGGGCUCCAGCCCUCCCAGCAUCUCCGGGGCCUCCUCUGGCCCCGCUCCAACAGGUCCACGUCCUGUCUUGGUGGCCCCAGAGCUGGACACAGUACUGCAGGUGGGGUCUCACCGAGAC